AUGGCCCUUCUUAGCGUCAACCUUCGAGAUGGAUUCAUCCUAACGGCAGUGAUAAUAACGCUUCUGUACAUUUGGGAGAAAACAAGUGCAAAAAUCACUCGCAAUGGCGAGCCUCUCAGAAAACCUCCAAACACACUUCCCCUUGUAGGGAACGGAAUCAUAUUUCUUCAACCUCGUCAAAAGCUCUUUUCUUGGUUUCACCGUGUUGAGCAUCUCUACGGCUAUGAAACCCUUCACAUAACCGUCCCUUCCCUACCACCAGGUGUUAUCGUCAACGAUCCUCAAAACCUGGACUUUAUCUUCCGCAAUGAAGGCGUCUUUGAAAAAGGCGAUUUCUUCAAGCAGCGCUCCUGGGAUCUUUUCGGUCAUGGUAUCAUCAACGUCGAUGGCGAGUUCUGGAGGUUGCAGCGCAAGGCGGGACUGCGGUUCCUUUCUGCGGCGGCUUUGAAGACUUUGACGAAUGAGAGAUUGCCAAAGUACCUUGAUCAAGCUAUAGGUGUUCUUGAAUCAAAGACGGAUACAAAGGAAGUGGUGGAUUUGCAGGCUGUGGUUCAUGAGGUUACGACGCAGUUGAUGGGACGUAUGGCGUAUAACAUGGAAAUGCACGCUGACGAUGACUUUACUGUUGCUUUUGAGCACGCUUCUGGGGCUACUGCUGAGAGGUUCCAGAAUCCGUUGUGGUUUCUUACUGAGAUGUUUACCGGAGCUCGAAUGCGACGAUCAAUCGCGACUGUUAAAGCGUACGGGAAGCGAAUCGUUACAAGUGCUGUGGCUGAUUGGAAGGAAACAGAGGGAAAGACUCAGUCUGACGCCCCGGGGAGUCUUAUACAAUCUCUGCUCGAUUCCAUUGGCGAUGAGGCUCUGGUGGCAGAUGCUGCGCUGAACUAUCUUUCAGCUGGGAGAGACACUGUCGCACAGGCCUUGACGUGGACGUUGUAUCUUCUCAUGAAGAAUCCGCAUGUAGCGACCAAGCUACGCCAAUCCGUGGAAAAUCUACAAGAUGAAGACAGCGCCACAUCUUCUACUGGGAAUGACCCUGAACGCCUCACACCAGUACGACUACCAUACGUUCUGGCCGUCUUUUAUGAAUCACUCCGUCUUCGACCUCCCAUACCCUUCGAAAUCAAGCAAGCCCAACGAGCAACCACCCUCCCAGACGAGACGUUCUUGCCUGCCGGUGCUAUCGUGGUCUGGUGCGCUUGGGCGAUGGGACGUUCACACACUACAUGGGGUUCAGAUGCAGAUGAUUUCCGCCCUGAGCGCUGGCUUACUACAUCACCAACCGGAGACGUGACCGUUGCUCAACGUCCAGCAGCCGAGUUUCCUGUUUUCAAUGGUGGGCCACGAGUCUGUCUGGGAAAGAAGAUGGCAGAAUUGGUUGCGGUACAGACACUGGCAAGAUUAGUCCCUCUAUUCAGUUUUGAGCCUGCGUUUGAGGGUGAGAGAGUGAGCAAAAGUAGCUUGACUUUGCCUAUGGAGGGAGGGCUGCCUGUGCAUGUACAGCAUAGAACACCCUCAUAA